CCUGAAUCCUACUGUAAGCCAGACCUUCUGUCACAGCCCAAGAGUCAUCGGCAGGUUUUUUUUGAAAGCUCUGCUAAGCAACCAUUCUGCUCCAUCUUCAGGGAUCCCCUGAGGUGCUAUUUAGGGUUUUCUCAGUGACUUUGACCAGAAUGUGAUUCCUUCUUGGCACUCCGUCCCAGGUAGUGCUCUGAGGGUCUCCCUUUCUGAACAAAAGUAGCGAAGCAAAGCCCACCAUGGGUGAGAUCAACCAAGAGGCCGUGGAGAAGUACCUGGAGGAGCACCCUCAGUUUGCCAAGGAGUACUUCGCCAGGAGGCUGGGGGAGGCCCCAGGGCCCAGUGGGACGCCGCAGCCUACCGAGGAGUGGGCGGUGUGCACCGAGCUGCUGCUGGCCCUGCAGGAGGAAGCAGGCAGCGCCGAGCCCGCGGUGCACCGGGCCCUGCAGAAGCUGGCACAGCUCCUGCAAGCCGACCGCUGCAGCCUGUUCACCUGCCGGGCCCGCAACGGCACGCCCGAGGUGGCCUCCAGGCUGCUGGACAUCACCCCCACCUCCAGCUUUGAGGAUAGCCUGGUGCUCCCCGACAGAGAAGCUGUGUUUCCUUUGGACAUUGGGAUAGUGGGUUGGGUUGCUCACACGAAGAAAGCUGUUAAUGUCCCAGAUGUGCAAAAGAACAGCCAUUUUUCUGACUUCAUGGACAAACAAACGGGGUAUGUCACAAAGAACCUGAUGGCAACUCCGAUCGUGAUGGGCAAGGAGGUUCUUGCCGUGGUUAUGGCACUUAACAAAGUAAAUGCAUCUGAAUUUUCCAAACAGGAUGAGGAGGUCUUUUCCAAAUAUCUCAACUUUGUUUCUAUAAUCCUAAAGCUUCAUCAUACCAACUACUUGUAUAAUGUUGAAUCCAGAAGAAGCCAGAUCCUCAUGUGGUCAGCCAACAAAGUGUUUGAAGAGCUCACAGAUGUGGAGCGCCAGUUUCAUAAAGCACUCUACACAGUUAGAACGUAUCUGAACUGUGAGAGGUACUCCAUUGGACUGCUGGACAUGACCAAGGAGAAGGAAUUCUACGAUGAAUGGCCAAUCAAGCUUGGAGAAGUAGAGCCUUAUAAAGGUCCGAAGACACCGGAUGGCAGAGAAGUCAUCUUUUAUAAAAUCAUCGAUUAUAUUUUACAUGGAAAAGAAGAGAUCAAAGUGAUACCGACACCUCCCACAGACCACUGGACUCUUGUUAGCGGGUUGCCAACAUAUGUUGCUGAAAAUGGAUUUAUCUGUAACAUGCUGAACGCCCCCGCGGAUGAGUACUUCACGUUUCAGAAAGGACCUGUCGAUGAAACUGGUUGGGUCAUUAAAAAUGUCUUAUCCCUGCCUAUUGUCAACAAGAAAGAAGAUAUUGUGGGAGUAGCUACAUUUUAUAACAGGAAAGAUGGAAAACCUUUUGAUGAGUAUGAUGAACACAUUACUGAGACUCUCACACAAUUCCUUGGAUGGUCUCUUUUAAAUACUGACACCUAUGAUAAAAUGAAUAAGCUAGAAAACAGAAAGGAUAUAGCUCAGGAAAUGCUCAUGAGCCAGACGAAAGCCACUCCUGAUGAAAUCAAGUCUAUUCUGAAAAUUAAAGAGAAGUUAAAUAUAGAUGUAAUAGAAGACUGUGAAGAAAAGCAACUUGUCACAAUUUUGAAGGAGGACCUGCCCGACCCGCGGGCGGUGGAUCUGUACGAGUUCCGCUUCAGCGACUUCCCCAUCUCCGAGCACGAGCUGAUCAAGUGUGGGCUGCGACUGUUCUUUGAGAUAAAUGUGGUGGAGAAAUUCAAAGUCCCGGUGGAGGUUCUCACCAGGUGGAUGUACACCGUGAGGAAAGGGUACCGCUCCAUCACCUACCACAACUGGCGGCACGGGUUCAAUGUGGGGCAGACCAUGUUCACGCUGCUGAUGACAGGAAGACUAAAGAAAUACUAUACGGAUCUUGAAGCCUUUGCCAUGCUCGCUGCUGCUUUCUGCCAUGACAUCGACCACAGAGGCACCAAUAACUUGUAUCAGAUGAAAUCCACGUCUCCAUUAGCAAAGCUUCAUGGAUCUUCCAUUUUGGAGAGGCACCACUUGGAGUACAGUAAGACUCUACUGCAAGAUGAGAGUUUAAAUAUCUUCCAGAACCUAAAUAAACGCCAGUUUGAAACAGUCAUUCAUUUGUUUGAAGUUGCAAUAAUAGCAACUGACCUGGCUUUAUAUUUCAACCAUAUCUUUUUUAGGAAGAGAACUAUGUUUCAAAAAAUUGUUGAUGCUUGUGAAAAAAUGGAAACUGAAGAAGAGGCCAUCAAAUAUGUAACCAUUGAUCCAACCAAAAAAGAGGUUAUCAUGGCAAUGAUGAUGACUGCAUGUGACUUGUCAGCUAUAACCAAACCCUGGGAGGUACAAAGUCAGGUGGCACUUUUGGUUGCAAAUGAAUUUUGGGAACAAGGAGAUCUGGAGAGGACUGUGCUGCAACAACAGCCUAUUCCUAUGAUGGACAGAAACAAAAGAGAUGAACUACCUAAACUUCAAGUUGGAUUUAUUGAUUUUGUUUGUACUUUUGUAUAUAAGGAGUUCUCACGGUUUCAUAAAGAAAUCACACCAAUGCUGAAUGGUCUUCAGAACAACAGAGUAGAAUGGAAAUCCCUAGCUGAUGAGUAUGAUGCAAAGAUGAAGGUGCUUGAAGAGGAGGUGAAAAAGCAGGAAGAAGGAAACAUGAUUGCAAAAGCCACAGAAGAUUCAGGAGGUGGUGUUGAUGACAAAAAGUCCAAAACCUGUCUCAUGUUAUAAUCCAACUGGUCUAAAUUUCAAAUAUUGUUUCUACUUUCGAAGAAAAAAAGAAGAAACAAAAGAGCUUCAGCAAACUUCAUUCAGCACACCAUCAACUGAGUAAGAGUAUCUCCAGAUAGGCUACCCUUGUGACCACCAAAAGAAAAUAUAUUGCUAGCCUGAAAACCCUGAGGGUAAAAUAACGUUCCACAAAAGUACGAAAUUAGAAGAUGAAAAUAAGUGCAUUUUUGGUGCCAAUCUGUUUUAAAUUAAAAAUAUAUAAUCCUGAAACUA